AUGUCGAGCCGCUCCGACGAUUCGUUGGACUCGCUUUUUCAUUACGAGCCGAGCCGCGUAGAUGCCAAAGCGAGAAGUACAACAGGAUCCUCCGAGGCGUCUGUUUCGCCGAACCCUUCCAAACGUUCAUCUGACGAGGCGUCGAAUGACGCGAAUCAAUCAAACGAGGGUUCUGCAGAUGACGAGCCGUUGGCUUCGACGAGCCGUCCCCAGGACCCGGUUUCUGAUGAAGGUGUUAAUCGCGCCAUAGUAAAAGUCGAGGAGGAAGCAUUUCCCUUUGACCUACUCGAGGUGAAGUACGAGUUGGAACGUCUCAUGGCGUCCCGAGGCGCUUCCACAUCUGGGCGAGGACCACGAGUUAAAAGACAAAAGCCUGAUCCGCCUGGCUCUACGCUUUCUUCCCUUGAGUCGCUCGAGGCGUUGAGGCAUCGCUUCGGGAUAUCCGAGGCGGUGGAGUUUGUCGUUCCCGAGAAGAGCGACCGAGCCGACAAGCCUCCGGAGAAUCACUUCACUCUGUACGAGGCGUUCUUCGAGCUUUGCUUUCUCUGGUUCCCGAUCCCCGGAGUGAUCCUCGAAUACCUUUGGAAACACGGGAUCUCGAUUGGGCAGAUUAUGCCGAGGGGAUUACGGCAUAUGAUCGGCAUUUUAGUACGAAGCUUGGAAUGCUGUCUUGACAUUGAGCUGAAUCACCUGCUGAACUUGCUGGAAAUCAGAAAAGCUCCGAAAGGAAAUAGGUUCUAUAUUUCCAACAAGCCGAAGCGACGGAUUAUUGGCGGUUUUCCCAACAAGGAUCAGUUUUGGACUGAACGCUUCUUCUACGUCUUGGUGAACGAGGCGUCGGUCGGCGAAGAUUACGUUCACCGAACCAAGACUGCUUGGGGACCACUUGUUCGGUGCUAUCUUCCCCCGAUUCCCGACGACCUCUUUACUGUUCGAGACUCUCUUUCGGCGUGGAAGGUUAAUUGGAGAAAAAACUUCACCCUCGAAAGAGUAGAAAAAGCGCGAGCCAUCCUUGCCGGAGUCCCCGUCAGUUCUUCGUCCUCAAAGAAAGGAAGAGGCGCGAGGAAGAGGAAGCCGCUAGACGACUCUGCCGAGUUGGCUCGCGCGCAAACCGAGGCGGUUCCGGCGCAAGCCGAGGCGGUCCCAGCGCAAACCGAGGCCGUCCUUCAACCCGACCCUCCGAGCCGAGAAGGGGAUGUGAUGAUCCGAGCCGCAGAAGGCGACACUGCCGAGGCGGCUGAGAAAGAUGUAGUGCCCGAGGUGGAACCGGGCAAAAUUAUCCCCGAGGUGUCCGGGGACGGCUCGGCGGCGCGGAGUAAGACUCCUUCGCAAUCCGCCAUCCUGGCCCUCCCGAAGUCGACAAGGCCACCGUAUUCGGUCGUCCAGAAGCAUGACUCUAGCCGAAAACGUUCGGCUACUGACAAGGGGAAAGGCGUCACCGUCUAG